AUGACCACUGAGUCCGAAACCUUUGAUAGCAAGUCCGUUGCUAAUGCACCUCCCUCAACACCAUUCGUAGUAUUCUCCUUUCUAUCAUCCAAGCGGGAAUGUAACACUGUUCUACCUCAUAUCCGUGAUCUUGUCUCUGCUCCUGGUGAUACCUCUUCCUCUGUGGCCUCAACUGCCAAUGCCUGCGCCACUGCUCUCGCAGCUGCACAGUUCUUCGACCUCCUGCAAACGCUUAAUAUCAAGAUUGGGCAGUUGUGA